AACGACUGUCAUAGAUGUAGGAAUAACAGCCGCGACCCACAAUUUAAUCCGGCCCUGAAAGUAGCUGUGUGCUUUGGCUCAAUCCUAUAGAUGCCAAUUCCGUGUCCAUAGUUUCACGUAUUUAUUUUUGUCAGGAUGCAUGAAGAAAUAAGUUAAAUGAAAGUACCAGUUAUAUUUAAGUAUUGCCUAAACCGUUAAAAUAUACCUUACUUUUGUCAUUAAAAUAAACUAUUCCAUCCAUGUGGUCAUGCUACGAGUCAACAGAAGGUAUAGAAAAAAUCGUUUUUUUUUAUACUCUGUGAUAAAAACCUGUCAUGCGAAUGUGCGAAAUGCAUGCGAAUGACAGCAGAGAUGCAAAUAAAUUUACCUCGCCAUCAAGAAGGCCUACUAGAGUGAGAGCAAAGCCAAAGAAGUAUGGGGAUUUUCUUGACCUAACACCAACUAAACAGAAAUCUUAUAAAGAUAUAUCCAGUACAGAUGAAGAGAGUGAUCAUGAUCUGAAUGAAGCUCCUCAGAAGCCUACAGCCUUAUUCUGUGAUGAUGAUGUUGAAGGUCAAGAUAUGUUUAAAUUCAAGUCUCGCCAUACAAAACAUGAUCUACACAAUAAAGUUAAAGCAGCCAUUAGCAAUUCUCCAAAAGCUUCUGAUUCCCCAAUGAAGACACCAAGGAAACUGGUACAUUCAGCCUUACUGAAUAGUCCUCAUGUCAAAGUAUCAGAAGGAACACCGAAACAGGUCAAAGACAUCAUUAAAAAAAGAAUUAUCAAUGAAGUGGAUUCUGAUAGUGCUGAAAGUGAUUUUUCUGGUGGCAGCAGCAGUGACUUUGUACCUGAAGAAAGUAAUCAUGAGACUGACUCUGCACCUUCAUCUGCUUCCUCUGAAGAUGAAGAGGAAACACAGCAACCAAAAGGAACAGUGGGCAAAGCUCCCAAAACCAAAGAUAGUAAAACUAAGGUCAAUGACUCAGAGUACUUUGUAACUCCCGACAAUUACUUCAUGAUGCAUUCUAGUAAAAAGAUAGCAACAUCUGAUCAUACCUUGGCAAGGCUCAAAAACCUGAAUAUAGAUGAAAAUGAAGCAGAAAACAUUGAACUAUCAUCAGAACAUAAAAGUUGUAUUGACAAUCUUUGCCAGACACACAAACAACUGUACAAUAAAUGGUUGUAUGUUAUGAGUGAAAAUUUCAACAUAAUUCUUUAUGGGAUUGGUUCCAAACGAUCACUGCUUCAACAAUUUCAGAAACAGAAGUUAAAAGAAUUCCCUAGUAUUGUGGUCAAUGGAUUUUUCCCGAGUUUAACAAUCAAGAGUAUUCUAGAAACUAUUGUAAUCGAUCUAUUAGAAAAUAGUUCAGUGCCUUCCAAUAUAGGAGAUAUAGUCAAUUUGAUUGAUACUCAGCUGACUGAAAACCAAAUGGAUUUGUUUCUUAUUGUACACAAUAUAGAUGGGACUAUGUUACGCAAUUCGAAAGCGCAGUCAACGUUAGCCAGUUUAUCACAAAUAAAAAAUGUUCAUACUAUUGCGACUAUUGAUCAUAUUAACGCGCCAUUGUUGUGGGAUCACAAUAAACUGAGCAAAUUUAAGUUCACUUGGUGGGAUGUCACAACUUUUAUGCCGUACAUCGAAGAGACAUCGUAUGAAAACUCUUUGAUGACACAUCGCAGUGGCGCUCUUCAACUCUCGUCACUCAAGAGUGUUUAUCAAUCUCUUACUUCAAAUGCUAAAGGCAUAUUUAAAAUCAUUAUAGAAUAUCAGUUGGAAAACCAGAAACAGGCUCAUUAUCAAGGGUUGCCAUUCAAGGACUUGUAUUCAAAGUGCAGAGAACAGUUUUUAGUAAGUUCAGACCUCGCGCUAAGGGCACAACUCACAGAAUUUCUCGAUCACAAAUUGGUUAAAAUGAAACGGACAUACGACGGCAGUGAAAAUCUGGUAAUACCUAUUGAUAAUGUACUCUUGCAACAAUUUUUAGAACCCCAAAUUAGUUGAUACUAGUAUUGUUUACGAGUGUUUUCUUUGUCAUAAUUAAAUUUGAAAAGUUCA